AUGGACACACUGCCCAAUGAGCAGCUCAAGCAGGGCAUGCUGGCGUCUGGUAUCACCCAUCAAGGCCCCGAUUCACAUCUACGGAGGGAAAUCGAUCAGCGCUUCGCGGGUGAAUCACCCUUUGUCCAGCGUAAACAAAACAACAAACUGUUUGUAUCGUCUUGGACUCGUCUGCUAGGCGUAGCAUUCACCUCGUUGGCAGCAGCGUAUUUUUUGCUGCUUUGCUUUCGCUUAAUAGAGUCUGCGCGUCAGUGGGCCCCGCCCACUAGGUCUCUCGCAGCUCGUCGAGAUGAAUCGUGCGAUUCAGGCAGUGUGUCUGGGGAUGGCGAUGAAGGUGGCAGUGGGCUGACGGGGCAUUCGGCAGAAGAUAUAGAGCUGGAGGGUUUUGGGGAAGGCAGCCUUUUGCUGCAUCAUGACGCUUUUGGACUACAAGGCUCUGCCGGAGGAACACAAGGAGAAGCAGUUGCUGCUGAUUUACAAGGCGCUGGUGGGGGCGCACAAGCAGAAGUAGAUUUAGGGGCAGAAGAGGAUGAGGAGAUUUGGGAAUACGAUAGUGGCGUUGAUCCUUGCCCACAAAUAGAAGAUGACCUGCACUUAUGGGAAAGCCGAAACAUGCCCGUGGUAGAAGAACAGCGCUUACUACGUCUCCUUGAGAGCAUGAAAGAGGCUGCGAGUUCAUGCCGAUCGUUGCUGCCAAUGUUGACAAACAAGCAGCGUUUCCAGAUGGCAUACCAAGUGUUGAAGCUGCUUGCCCUGGAUUUGGGAGCCAUUUGCCUAGUUAGGGAGGAUAAAGAGCCUUAUAGAAAGGCGGUAGGCGACUCUCUCAUUCAGUUGGCAAAUGACGCACUACCACGAGUGAUUGAAAGUACAAGCUAUAGAAAAGAGCGCGCCAGAAUUAGAAAUUUGAAAACUUUGAUUAAUGAAUUAAAGAAACCGAGGCCUCUCCCAAAGGAAAAGCGCGCUGUAACAUACAAAAGGAAGAUGAUAGCAAUACUGGCAACUGCCGAAGUGGCACUGAAGAACUGUCUGGGCGUUUUGAAUGGGCUGUUGCAGCUUAGGCCAGAUAUAUCGGGAGGCCAGCUCCGACGACGAAUAGUGGAGCAGCAAAUAGAGGUUGUGAAAUCGAUUUUCAGAGUCCACGCUGAUCAUUUGGCUAGAGAUGGUAGCCUUCGUCAACACAUACUGCAUUGUCAAAAGCGUACAGGCGUGUAUGCGCUCCUUACUACUGAUCAUUUCAAAGUGUCCUCAGACGCAAUCGCUCCAGUAAAAGAGCUUAUGAAUCGGAUACUCGAGGCUGUAAGAGCGGCUGGCGGUCUUCUGCAAGCUCAACAGCAAGCAAGGCCUGAGCUGGACAGUGCUACCGGCGCAGUGGAGAGGCGGACUGGUCAGGAAGGGAGACUCAUGGAACAACGGAGCCCAAAACCGCCGGAAAAAGAUUUUGUGGGAACCGUGCAGUCUUCGCUUUACGCAACUACUGCUGCGGCGCAAACAGGAGCGGAGGCAGCCCGUCCGCCCUUUGCCGAAGUUCCACGGUGGCGACCUGACCGGCCGCCUCGACAAGGUGCUGGACUGGCUUGGCAGCAACUGCACACACUCGGUUCCUCCUGGAGUCCUCAGAAUCAAUUGCCACAGCGUGUCCCUCCCCAAGUGUUUUUCCCAUGGUCGUCCGUGCUGACUGUGCCGUCGCAAGCACCUACAAGGAGAGUUUCAGUCACCCAUGCGUAUUUCUCUCCACCACAGAUGCCCCUUGAACGACCGCCUCAACCGUCAGGUGUGCAGCAGACUGCGCGCCCACCUCAUAGCGCCUCAUCACGGCAGACAUAUGCUGGUCGCAGUGCUGCAGCGCCUUUGGUGUCCCCUCCUCCGCUGCCGCGUGUGGGUGUGGGUGAGCCGUCUCAGCGGCUGCAGCCGCCAGCGCCUCCUCAGCAAGAAGGCUACAGUCUUUUUGGAGGUGGCGGCAUACCCCCGUGGUUGCCUUUUUCACAGGCUUCACCUACCUCUGUAGAGAGACACUCCCCCGCAAAUGACGAAAGGCCGCACCGUGAAGAGGGAGAGGAAGCCCGAAGUCGUAUGAGGAAUGGUCAGGACGAAGCAAGAGAUCGCUUCCCGAGUGGUCGUACGUGGAGCGGCUGGAAUUAG